AUGCAAACCAAUGGUAAGAUGCCUUCAGUCCCAGCUGGUGAUCAGGGUGGGUUUGUCCCAGCUACUGAUGUGAUGACUGAGAUGAUAAGGGUUGGUGCUAGUGCAGCAGCUAACGCUGAUGAUGCUACUGCAUCUAGUGCCGGUGCUGCUCCAGCAGCAGUUGGUCUUGUUGCUGCUGUUCCCGGGGGUCCUAGGGCAAUGAGGUGGAACAACAACACCUCUGGAUUUAUUCUUAGGAGGAUGGCUCAACUUCUUAGUGAUGGUAGCAGGCCUGACAAGGUAUUCAAGGACAAGGAUGUCAACUCUGUGGCCAAAGCCCUUAAGGAGUACAGUGGGGAGGUAGUGAGCCCAACUCAGGUGUAUAACCACUUGAGGAAAUGGAGGCAAAAAUGGUCUAGGGUGUCUAAGCUCAAAGACCUUAGUGGGGCUUUAUGGGAUAGUGACUCCAAUGCUAUCUUGCUUGAUCAGGAGCACUACCUUGGCCACUGCAAGGACCAUCCAAAAGAUGCAGAGUUCCUAAACUGCCCUAUUAGGUUCUACACUGAGAUGGAGGCCAUUUUUGGCCAUGCUAUGGCCACUGGCAAAUUUGCACUUGGUUCUGGUGAAGCCUUAGGACAGAACCAGGUUGAUAGUGUUGCUGCCAAGGUUGAGGGACCUGCCUUCACCUAUAUCUCUGAAGAGAGAGCACAAACUGAUGUUGGAAAGGGUAGCAAGGCCACCGAGAUCCCCUCCAUAGCUGUGGGUAGGAAGAGGAAGAGAGGGAACUUCAGUGAAGAUGAGAUGCUUAUGUUGACCAAUAUGUCUGAUGCAGUGAACAAUGUGGCUAAUGCCCUUAGAGAGACUGGACCUGCCCAUGUGGAUGGUAACCUCUACCUAGCUGUGAUGGAGAUGCCUGGCUAUUCUGAGGAGGCACUGAUUGUUGCCUACACCUUCCUCCUGGACAACAAGGCUCAAGGCAGGGGCUUUGUUCACAUGACUGAGGCACAUAGAAACAUUUGGCUUAGGACCUUCCUAGCCAAGAACUACUACAUGUUGGUGUGCACCACCACCCACUCUCUCUUCCUGCCCACUCUCUCUUUUGACUACAACUGA